CCGCCGCCGUCUUCCCCCUCCUGCCGCCGCCGCCGCCGCUGCCGCUGCCGCCGCCACCAAGACGCUGGCCUCGGAUGGCCGCAGCUGAGUCGCGCGCCCCGCGCACUUUGGCUGAGGUGGGGGCAGAGGACUCGUCCCCGGCCUUCCCGGGGACGGUCCGCUCGGCUUUCUUUUGGUCCGGCGGCCCUGGGACUCCUUCCUAACAGCCCCUAACUGAGUCCCCCCAAGUCGGGGACCCUCCGCUCCUCUAAGGAGGAGUGGACACCUGCCGCUGUAUCUCCCUAAAACGGGGUCCUCUCUUUGCCGUCCCCUCACUCCCACACAGACGGCAGAGAGCUUCACGAUCCCGUUUGCCAUCUUUUCAACUCCAGAACCUUCUGACCUCCGCUAGUUCCUCCUGGCUUCUGCCCCUUACCCCGUCCACGCUCAUCAGGAGACGUCCCUGCACCCCCUACAGCCUGGGCCUGGCCGCGAGCCUGCGGGCUGCUUCCGGACCACCUCCUCUCCUCAACCCUCCACCCGCUCCGUGCUCUGACCCUCUGUCCUCUUGUCACCUCUUGGCGCCCCCCACGUCUAACCAGGGAGGAGGAGGGCCCCCCUACUAAGAUGUGAGCCCCUUUAUCCUGUAAUGCUGUGGCUGCUCCUUGGCCCCUUCCAUGCCAUGGAGAACCAAGUGCUGGUGAUUCGCAUCAAGAUUCCCAAUAGUGGAGCGGUGGACUGGACAGUGCACUCUGGGCCGCAGCUACUCUUCAGGGAUGUGCUGGAUGUGAUAGGCCAGGUUCUGCCUGAAGCAACAACCACAGCAUUUGAAUAUGAAGAUGAAGAUGGUGAUCGAAUUACAGUGAGAAGUGAUGAAGAAAUGAAGGCAAUGCUGUCAUAUUAUUAUUCUACAAUAAUGGAACAGCAAGUAAAUGGACAGUUAAUAGAGCCUCUGCAGAUAUUUCCAAGAGCCUGCAAGCCUCCUGGGGAACGGAACAUACAUGGCCUGAAGGUGAAUACCCGGGCUGGACCCUCUCAACACAGCAGCCCAGCAGUCUCAGAUUCACUUCCAAGCAAUAGCUUAAAGAAGUCUUCUGCCGAACUGAAAAAAAUAUUAGCCAAUGGCCAGAUGAAUGAACAAGACAUACGGUAUCGAGACACUCUUGGUCACGGCAACGGCGGCACAGUCUACAAAGCAUAUCAUGUCCCAAGUGGGAAAAUACUAGCUGUAAAGGUCAUACUACUAGAUAUUACACUGGAACUUCAGAAGCAAAUUAUGUCUGAAUUGGAAAUUCUUUAUAAGUGUGAUUCAUCAUAUAUCAUAGGGUUUUAUGGUGCAUUUUUCGUGGAGAACAGGAUUUCAAUAUGUACUGAAUUUAUGGAUGGCGGAUCUUUGGAUGUAUAUAGAAAAAUUCCAGAGCAUGUCCUUGGAAGAAUUGCAGUGGCGGUUGUUAAAGGCCUUACUUAUUUGUGGAGUUUAAAGAUUUUACAUAGAGAUGUGAAGCCCUCCAAUAUGCUAGUAAACACGAGAGGACAAGUCAAGCUGUGUGAUUUUGGAGUUAGCACUCAGCUGGUGAAUUCUAUAGCCAAGACGUAUGUUGGAACAAAUGCUUAUAUGGCGCCUGAAAGAAUUUCAGGGGAGCAGUAUGGAAUUCAUUCUGAUGUCUGGAGCUUAGGAAUCUCUUUCAUGGAGCUUGCUCUUGGGAGGUUUCCAUAUCCUCAGAUUCAGAAAAACCAGGGAUCUUUAAUGCCUCUCCAGCUUCUGCAGUGCAUUGUUGAUGAGGAUUCGCCCGUCCUUCCGGUUGGAGAGUUCUCCGAGCCAUUUGUACAUUUCAUCACUCAGUGCAUGCGAAAGCAGCCGAAAGAAAGGCCGGCACCUGAGGAACUGAUGGGCCACCCGUUCAUCGUGCAGUUCAACGAUGGAAAUGCCACCGUGGUGUCCAUGUGGGUGUGCAGGGCGCUGGAGGAGAGGCGGAGCCAGCAGGGCCCCCCCUGAGUCUGGGUGGACACUGAGAGCUCAGGACUGGUCACCAAGGGGAAGACCCACCUGUUGCGCCUUCUCCGUUUGCUGUCCGCACUGAAAGAGCUUUGCUGGACUCACCUUCGACACUGCUGGCAGAUGGCCUUGCCUAGGGAGCCCUCAAGGGUGGCCCGCCCUGCAGAGCCAGCCCUCACCCGCCUCGGGUCUGGAAGCCUGACUGGCAGGGUGGGUGGAGGGCUUGGGGCAUCAAACACGGAGGCCCCUACAACCUGGCCCUUUCUUCCUAACCAUCUUGUCAAGGUUGGGCCCCUCAGCUUCCCUGAUGGGAAUUAAAGUAUUACUGCUUUGUAGCUGC